UAACAUUUGGUUUUUUCCUAUAAUUUUUAGUGAUUGUUUUAAGUUAUUAAUAAGUGUAAAAAACAUUGUUAGGUUAGGAACUAGACGUUAUAAAAAACCUAUAAUUCUCAUUUAUGUCAUUUAAAAUAUAAUAAAGUAAAUAUGGAUUUCGUAAAACGAGAAGAUAACAAUAUAUUCGACGAAGAAACUUACAAAAUGUACUUGGAAACUUUGCAGAAAUCCCAUAUGAUAGACACACCAGACUACCAACAUACUGCAAUAUCUAUGGAACAGCUCCACCAAGCGAUGCAGUCAUCCCUCAACUCCAGCUCACUGGUUCACAACUUUCAACUACCAUUAUCACCAAGACAAAUGUCCACUCUCAUGCUUAAAACCAACCACAUCACUCGAUCACUAAACUUCAACGAACUGCCGUCCCAUUUACCAAAAAAUCUGACGAUGGAAAUGGAGCUGAUAUCUCUACCAAACGAUUUACCUCAUAAUCUGCGGCAUGAUGAUAUGUUAACUCAAAAUCUGUCUCGAAAUCUUGAUAUAACACUAGCACGGACGUUGAAUAAUGAAUUGGAACUGCAGAACACUCUAUCGCACGUUCAAAGCUUACAAGAACAUGAGUUAACAAGAAAUAUUGGUGCAGAGUUAAACCAUAGUUUAAGUAGAGUCAAUGACUUAUCACAGAAUAUAGGCCGUGAUAUUCCUCAUGAGCUAGGGAAUGAAAUUGAUUUAUCACACUUGAGUCGGCAAAAUUUAGAGCCUGAUGUUAUAUUAAGUCAAGAAGAUUCUAGAAGAAGUCACUCGGUCCAAGCUGCCGUUGAUAGUCAUUUAUUGGAACAACAGUUGGUACAUAGAUUGGAACAAAACAUGGCCCUCAGAUUGGACCAAACUUUAGAUAGACUAGAUCAACCAUUAAACCAGCGCGUCGACCAAACAUUAGCACAGAGAUUGGAUCAGAGUUUACCACAAAGAUUAGAUCAAACGUUGGCUCAGAGGCUGGAUCAAAGAUUGUUUAAUUCAAGCUUAUUGCACGAACAAAAGUUGGAACCAAAUGAACAUUUGUACUCAGUUGCAUGUCAUAUAAAAUCUGAGCAAGAGGAUGAUGGGUAUUUCUAUGACAAUAUGAAUCAAGGCAUGGCCAACACUGGACUAAAUGGUGAAAUUCCCCAACAAGCGGACCACAGUCAGCCGAGUUCGAACCUCCAUCACGAUCAAAUAUACUCCCUAUAUAAUAACCAAAUACCCAUUCCGGCUUUAAAUCCGAUAGAUCUAUAUUCCCGCCAGCAAAACUACGUCCAGAACUACAUCACUGACGUUUCCCGGGAAAAUCCCCAAAACCUAGUCGUCCAUAGACAAUUUGACAAUUCCAGUCCGUACACGGAGGAGUUUAAAAAGUUGCGCCAAGAUGGCGAAGGCGGGAAAAAAGAUUCGAAAAUCGAAGAGCCGAAGGAAAAUCUAAAACCGACCGAUCAGAAUAAAAUGUAUUACGAAUAUUCGAAUGAUUAUAUGGUUGCUGAAAAAAAUGAAAACGAUCCGAGUUCGAAUAAUAAAAUACCGGACGAGUUGUCAAUGAGUAUAAAAGGUGAAUAUGUUUGUUACAAAUGCAACGAAGUCUUUCCAUCGAAACGCUUGUUGAAACAACACGCAAAAACGUGCGAGAACGGCGAAAAUAGCGAAUUAGAAAAGUUAGGUAAAUUUAGUUGUAGCCAGUGUGCUUAUAGAUGUCAGUCGCCGGCGAUAUUGAAGAUACACGAACGUACGCACACCGGCGAGAAACCCUACGCAUGUACGUUCUGUGAUUACAAAUCCGGUCAGAAGAACAACGUCGCAAAACACAUCCUUGUCCAUAUGAAACAGAAACCUUUCGGUUGUCAAUACUGUGACUAUCGUUGUGCACAGAAGAACAAUUUAGUGGUCCACGAAAGGACUCACACCGGCUACAAACCGUUUGCAUGUCCAUUCUGUGAUUACAGAACAGUUCAGAAACCCAACUUAGUUAAACAUAUGUAUUUACACACAGAUCAGAAGCCGUUCAGCUGUGAUAUGUGUAAUUACAGAUGUGUGCAGAAAACGAACCUCACGAAACAUAAACAGAGACAUUUGAACGAGAAGGAUGGUGAUAAAGUUGAUACCAAAGUUCCGAUCAAGCCUUAUAAGCCAAGACAGAAGUCGGUCAAGUGUCCGCACUGUUCAUACAGAUGUGUUCAAAAAUCAAGUUUGGAAAAACAUUUGCAAUUCAAACAUAAUGAUUUAAAUAGUGAUAUCGUUGAUAGUGACUGUGGUUUGAAUUUAAUGAAGUCUAAUACAUGUGAUAGUAUACAGAACUUGAGUGUUAAGAAGGCUGACUACGAACUGCCGCAAGAUAAAGUGUUGGAACCUUUACCAUUGCAGUCGUAGCAUAGCUUUUAGUGUAAAUAUUUUUUGAAUUAGUGUGACUGAAGUUAAUUGUGAGUUAACGGUUUCCAUAUGUUUGUAUGGAAUGGUGCAAAUGUUUUAUUUUUGCUACGUAGCUAGGUGAAUUACAAAGGGAUUGUGUGAUUUAUAUGCGGUGUACUUAUAAUGUUAAUGCUCUCUUAUCUGUGUUUUUAUUGGGUGUAUUAUAUUUAGUCAAUUUAUUUUUUUUAAUUACACAAUAUAUUAUGGUAAGGUUAUUACAGAUUUGUAAAAUUUAAUACCAUUUGUGUCUAUGAUAUUGGCAUAGACAAUUUUUUUUUUUAUUUGAAUGUCAAAUGGUUUGUAGACUGUGACAAUAUUAAUUCAAGCUUAUGUACUUUUAAUGUCCUGGAAUUGAAAUUUUUUAUAAGCUAGUCAAUUGUCAAGUUUUUUUUUUAAUCUAGCUUGGAUUAACAUGUAAUUUUUUUUUACAAUAAACUGUGCUCAAGAUUGCUUUCCAAUAAAAUAAGGUUAUUGUUCGUAGAGAUUGAUGUGGCAUUCUGUAAAGCUAAUGUGUUAAUUCUUUUUUUUUAAUUUUCACAUACUGAUUUUGCCCGUUAAUAAUCUUCAUAUAUUAUAACAAAAUAUUCUGUAUCCAUGUAGAGCCUACAUAGAUACAGAAUAUUGCCUACCUUGUAGGCUCAUAAAAGCACUCUUGAAGGUCAUAUUUUAGUGUUGCAUUUAGCGUAAAGCUACCACCAAUUUAAAAGCAGAUUGCACUGAAACCAGCAAGAAACACAGUAGUUACUCUUUUCCAUCAUUUUAAUUUCAAGUUACAUUGAUGAAGUACAAUUAAAUUUACAAAUAUCCUUUCUGGAAAUCAAGGAAUAAUAAUUAUUGUUUAUUAAAGACGUUUAACUAUGAUACUAAUAGUAAUUUGUAAAUUAUACCUUAAAAACUGUUUGUUUUUGGGGGUACAAAGUGACCGCAUAGACCUCUAGUAAGGGUUAAAAAAGACUUGAGCACAUUAUCACAACUACUUUUAUGAGUGUUGAAUUUUUUUGAAAAUAGUUGUCUGGUUGUGGCUUUGGUGCGGUACACAGGUGUGACUUAGCUUUACAGUAAUGUUACUUGUUGGUCUUACAGGUCUUACAGUGUGGAUCUAUAACCACAGUUAUUGUCUAUUAAGUAGAUUUUUUCGAUGUAAUAAACAAUUCAGUGACUAUGGAGUUUUAGGUAAGGAAAAGCUCCUCAUAUGGUUCUUCACCCGAACUAGUGUACCGAAAUGUAUGAAAUUAUAAUAAGACUACUACUGUACGUGUAGAGUAUCUUAAAGUAGCAUUUAUUGAUUGGCUUGAUUCACAGAAGAAUAUGAAAGUAGCGCCUCUUUAAGGUGGAUGAUUAAGUUUGUAUGUCAAGUACGCUCCUUCUAAAUUUUCAUACAUAUUGGUUAACACUAUAAAUGCAAAGAUAAUCAUCCUUACCUCUAAUCUCCAUAGUUUAAAGCAAAGCCGAGUUCGAAAUUGCUUCGAAAAUUGUUGAAUGUACUUGUAAGUUUUUUAU